AUGACUGUAGAAUCCAUGAAACGUGAUUGUGGCUGGUAUAUCUCUGGGGAUCACAAGGAAAUGGAACCUAAAGGAUUUCAAUGGCGACCUGUAGAGGGGGGUGAAUCGGUCCUUCAGCAUGACAUCUCAUCUCCUCCUCAGCCAAUCCAAGACCUUAAAG